GGAGAAGCGGUGGGAGGUGCCGGUGGAGGAGCCCGGCUCACAGAGCUCCUGUGCUAGGAGCGAGGGUAACGCCGAGUCGGGUGCAGGCAAAGCACGCGACGUCGACAGCCAGCGCGCGCGCACCCCACCAUGGCGCGCCCGCGGAACCCGCGACCUUUGCCGCCUGUGCUCCUGCUCCUGCUGCCGCUGCUGCUGCUCCGAGCUGGGCACCACCUCCCCACAGAAGGCCGACUCACAAACAGCUGUAUCCAGGCCAGGAGGAAGUGCCAGGCCAAUCCCACUUGCAAUGCUACCUACCACUACCUGAAUUCCUGUGCCUCGAGUAUAAGCACCUCAUCACCUGCAGAGGAGCCUUUGGUCCCUGAGGACUGCAUGGAGGCAGCACAGCAACUCAGGAAUAGCUCUCUGAUGAGCUGUACAUGCCAUCGGCGCAUGAAGAACCAAGCUACCUGCCUGGACAUCUACUGGACCAUUCAUCCUGCCCGCAGCCUUGGUGACUAUGAGCUGGAUGUCUCUCCCUAUGAAGACACAGUGACUAGAAAACCCUGGAAAAUGAAUCUCAGCAAACUGAACAUGCUCAUACCAGACUCGGACCUCUGCCUCAAGUUCGCCAUGCUGUGCACUCUUAAUGACAAGUGUGACCGGCUGCGCAAGGCGUACGGGGAGGCGUGCUCCGGGUCCCGCUGCCAGCGCCACACUUGCCAAAGGCAGCUGCGCGCCUUCUUUGAGAAGGCCUCAGAGCCUCACUCUCAGGGCCUGCUGCUGUGCCCGUGCGCGCCCACCGACCAGGGCUGCGGGCAGCGGCGGCGCAACACCAUCGCCCCCAGCUGCGCGCUGCCUUCGGAGGCCCCCAACUGCCUGGAGCUUCGGCACGUCUGCGUGUCCGACCCGCUGUGCAGAUCGCGUCUGGCAGAUUUUCAGACGCACUGCCAUCCAAUGGACAUCCUAGGGACCUGUGCAACAGAGCAGUCCAGAUGUCUGCGAGCAUACAUGGGGCUGAUUGGGACUGCUCUGACUCCCAAUUUUGUCAGCAAUAUCAAUGCCAGUGUUGCCUUAAGCUGCACCUGCCGAGGCAGUGGCAAUAUGCAAGAGGAGUGUGAGCGGCUGGAAGAGUCCUUCUCCCACAACCCCUGCCUCAAACAAAAACCUUGCUCUGAGGCCACAGCCUUGGGUGCCCACUCUUUUCUCCUGUACUCUUACCUUGAUUCUGCUCUCGAGCCUCUGGUAGCUGGACUUCCUCAGGGGCCUUCUUCCCCUCUGCCACACCAGCUGACCUGCUGCCUGCAAUGGGUGAGGAAGGGACAGCAUCGGGAAGGAGGUUCAGUCUACCACGUGGCAACCCUGACCUGUGUCCAGUCAACUCCAGAUGAGGUCAUGGUAGAAGCUGACUAGCCUCGUUCUCAUGCCCUUCACUUCCUUUUUUUGUUUUGUUGUUGUUGUUGUUUGGCUGUACCACACGGCUUGUGGGAUUUUAGUUCCCCGACCAGGGAUUGAACCUAGACCCUCCCAGUGAGUACUCAGAGUCCUAACCACUGGACUGCCAGGGUCACUCCCUUCACUUCUUGUUGGGCUGCCCCUUCUUAGGACUUCAGCGUAUCACAUGGUGGUAUCCAGCUCUCCCAGGCUCUCUCCUUAUUUCUUUCUCCUGCCCACCCAGGAUCACUCAGGCUCUUAACAAAUCAGUCACACUCUGCUGCAUUCUCCAGGUAGGCAGAGUUGGGUGUUCUGAAGUGACCUGGAAAGACAUUCCUCAUGGUGAGGAAAGCUGGAGGAAGACUCCUGUCUAUCCCUAGUUUUCUCCUCUGAGUGGGGGAUGGGAACCUACUGCCAGCCCUGCCCCAGGAUCCUACACAACACUUGAGCUUCAGGAGCUGGAGCAUUUGGGCCUUGCUUUCUUCCUGCUACUGUCCUAGAGUCCCCUUAGCCUCUUGGAUUAUGAUUAAACAUUUUGACUUAAAACUUCUCUGUUUUCCCAUUGUCUCACAUUGUGAAUUUAUAUAGAAUGAGCGGCGUUUACAGACACAAGAGCACAGGCCAGGUUAUCUAAGAGACACAGUGACCCUGCCACCAGGUUCUGUGUGACCCCAGGCAAGUUUCUCAGCCUCCUUGUGCACUUGGCAUGGAGUUGGAAGAAAAGUAACUUACGUGAGGCUGUACGAGGUACUAGUCCCAGCUGCUGCCUAGGAUCUGUUACUCCCUGUACAUCUGUGCACAUGAGAACCUGUAGAUAUGUAUAAUAUUUUGUAAGUAAGAUCAGGUACUGCCUGUCAAAGUGUUAAGUCACAGACCCCUUUCAACAUCCAUGAGAAGAGCUUGAAAUACAUCAUCCUUUUCAUCAGCUGCAUGACAUGGACUUGUAUGAAUGCAUAUUCCUACAUACAUAGUUUAUUUAACCAGUUCUGUAUUGAUGGAUAUUUGUUUGUCUUCACAUUUUUCUCUGAGCCAAGUUUUAAGGCAGCGAGGAGGUGACUGGCCGUAGGAUGUGCAGAAGAGCUGCCAGAACAAUGGGUGGCAUAGGGAAGCCACUCUCUAAACAUUCUUGUAUCCACAUACUCCUGCCCCAGGAAAUGCCUAGCCAACCUGCCAUUCUGUACACUUCAGUGGGGUACCUGGUGGACUGUCCUCUUUCCCCUCCCAGGAAGAUCUCUGAACCGUCAGGGCCUCUCCAUUUGCUUUGGCUCUCUUAUCAUGGGGCUGGGGAGUUGAAUGGUACAGUCAUUCCUUGCUAAGUGCUUGAAUUAGACUAAUAGGUCAUCUGUACUUUUCUCUGAAGAAGGUCCAAAUUCCUGGUAAACAACCAGACCACUCUCCCUGCCUAGGGCCCAGAGCCAAGACCCGGGGUGGGGGUGCACAGUGGCUGGACUGAAGCUUUUAAUGGUAUCCUGGCUGGCCAGGGUGGUUAAUGCCAUUAGACUAGUUUCUGGGUAAUGAGGUGGGAAGGUCUCCUGGCAGCAGUGGUAAGCAGAGAAUGCUGAAUUACAGGUCUCUACAUGACUAGGGUGGAGCAGAUUGUCUUUUAAACAGCUAUCUUGAAAUUCACCCAUUCAAUCUUGUAUUCAUUCAGCAAACCUUAGCAAGUGCUUGCUCUGUUCCAGGCUGUAUUUUUCAAGAUCUGUCCCUGCCUAUUCAUGUGCUACCAUUUUGGUGAAGGGGCAGCCCAGCCCAGGACUUUGGCAACCGGACCUUGGCUUUAGGCACUUGGGACUUUUCAGUUAUCCUGGCUGAUUGUAAUACUCAGCUGUUUGACCUUGUGAAAUACUCUUUAUCCUUCUGAACCACCAUUUCCUCAUCUCCAGUAGGGAUGCCAAUACGAGUACUUAAAGAUUGCACUUUUGCUUUUGUUUUAAAUAAAUACAUUAGCAAUUUAAUUUCAGUUAAAAAAAGCAAAUUAGCAACAUCAACUAAUAUUUACAUCAAUUUAAAUGGUUUUGGUUGGCAAUGUUUUUGGCUUCUUAUUUCUGUAAAAGCUUAUAAGCAUGAAGAGUUUAUGUUCAUUUUGAUCUCCAUGUAUAUUUGUUAGAUAAUAGUAAAAAUAUUUAGAACUAUCAAGAUUGUUUGAAGACUAGAAAUAAUUAUAACAUUUAACAUAGUGCCUGAUACAGGAUGAAGAGUCAAUAAAUGGCAGCUGUUACUGAAAUUAUUAUUUCUGGGAGGGGAUCUGUGGGUAUUAUGUAUUCCACUCCCAGCCCUGGAACCAUGGUGAGUGAUGAUGCUGGCUCUGACUCCAACUGGGGGCUGAAUUCUGGGUGGGGCUGCUUCUGGGCGAUUUGCUGUUCAACUCCAGGAUGAAAACCAGAGCUCUUGGUUUGUAGCUCA